CACAUUGUCUGUACUGUUUUAGCAGUGAAAAGAAUACCCACAGACAAGGCACGGGUGGUGGGUCACCAAAGGCUGACCUUACCCCAGCAGAGGACAUGGCCUUGGAGCUAAAUAAAGGCAGGCCCGUCUUAGAGGGGAUCCCUGGGGGAAAAGAGACGAGCAUAGGUUCCUCCCAAGAUGCCACCCGCUUCAUUCAAGUGCCUGGCAGCACUGUGUUCCUGUUAGAGCCACCAGCACAAGCACCAGACGAUGCUGAUCCAGGUGAAGGCCCCAGUGCAGCAGCAACAGCACAUGAUGGAGACGAUGAUGAGGAGGAGACCAUCUCUCUGGAUUCCAGAAGGCAUGAGGACCCAGAUGCUAUACAGUGGGAAAACCAGCCUGGCAACAUAAGCUCACAAGCUAUCAGAAAGUUGUAUGGCAACCACCUCCGGCGCCAAAUAGAACUGGCAGACAUAGACAUUCAGUACAAGAAGAAAAAGAUGGAAAAUCUUGCACUGGAGUCCGAAAUAAAAAAGAGGACAAUUAGGAAACUGGACCUUGAAAUAAAAAAACUUGAGAGGGAGCUCCAAGAAGAUGACACAGCUCAAAAUAAAAAUUAGGUAUAUUCUCGUAAAGUCAAGUGAGCCAUGACAUAUGAGCUCUUAUUGUGAGCACACAGGACGGUGGCAUCUUUCUAAGGUUUUUUUAUUUUCCCAGCAAUCAGUACAACCAAGUCAUCGUUAUAAGGCAUCGCCCUCUUUUUGCCCACCCCCCAGCACCAGGUGUGGCCACUAGCCUAUAUGAAGGCCCAAAAUUGUGUGUUCCUUUCUGCUCUGACAAUGGCAUGCCCAUUCGUGCGAGAUGUGGUGGAUGAAGAAGCACUUGUGCUGAGGAGAGCCUUCAGGCGAGAAAGGGUCUUCAGGGACCGGUUGGACCCACUGGCCUUCCCUGAUGACCAUCUAUAUGAAAGAUACAGGUUUUCUGCAGAUGGCAUCAGGUAUCUAUGCAGACUACUGGGUCCCAGGAUUAAGCACCGCACUGCACGGAGCCAUGCACUGAGUGUGGAGCAAAUGGUUUGUGUGGCCUUGCGCUUUUUUGCUAGUGGAGCCUUCCUGUACUCAGUGGGGGAUGCAGAACAGCUGAACAAGGCCACAAUUUGCCGCACAAUAAGGAGUGUGUGUCUGGCUAUCAAAGCAUUAGCAGAUGUCUUCAUCUCCUUCCCUGGCCACAGAAGACUCUGUGACAUCAAAGAGGAGUUCUAUAGGAUUGCAGGUUUCCCCAAUGUCAUUGGUGCAGUGGACUGCACACACAUAAGGAUAAAAGCCCCCUCAGGUGCCCAUGAGGCCGAUUUUGUGAAUAGGAAAUCCUUUCACAGCAUUAAUGUUCAGAUGGUCUGCAAUGCUGACUGUGUGAUCAGCAAUGUUGUGGCAAAAUGGCCUGGCUCAGUCCAUGACUCCAGAAUCUUUCGGGCCUCUGAAAUCUAUCAGUGCCUAUCACAAGGUGAAUUCUCUGGUGUGUUGCUGGGAGACAGGGGGUAUGGCUGCCAGCCUUUUCUCCUGACACCUUUCACAGACCCCCAGGAAGCACAGCAGGCCUACAACCAUGCCCAUGCCAGGACCAGGGCCAGAGUUGAAAUGACCUUUGGCCUCCUGAAGGCACGCUUUCACUGCCUUCACAAAUUAAGGGUCAGCCCUGUUAGGGCAUGUGAUAUUACUGUGGCUUGUGCUGUCCUCCACAAUGUGGCCUGCCUGAGGAAGGAGAGGGCCCCCAGAGUGCCACCAGCCAUGGACUGGGACAAUCCGGCAAUCUUCCCUGAUGACGACAGUGGUCGGCUGCUGAGGGACCAAUAUGUGUUGAAUUAUUUUAGUUAGUAUGUGUGCUUUCAAUUUUGGUUAAAUAUGUCCUGCGGUGGCAGAGGAAUUUGGGUUUUUUUGGGUUCGUUUUUUGACUAUUUGGCCUCUUAUGAUGUUUGUGCGGUAUACUGUGUGUAAUACAAGGCUGCAGGGAGGCUACUGCAUCCAUUCAUUUGUCUGUUCAGUUGAUGUGUAUGGAUUUGUCCUGCAUUUAUUUUAGUGUGCAGACAUGCAGGGUGUGUUAUAUACAGACCUUUGAAUGUGUAUGUAUCAUUUUGUAUAAUAUGCUUGGAUUCUGUGCUUUCCAUCUUGUAGAGUCACUGUGACUUCAGUUUCGAAAGGAGCUGAUGGUUUACCUGCUUUGUUUUGUCCUUAUUCAAUAAAGGAACAUAAUGUUACACAUUGUGUUUUUAUAUUCA